AUGGCCGAGGCUCGCCAGGCAGCGACCUUCCGCCUAGACCUGGGCCAUGGGCCUCCGGGGCGCAGGUGGUGGAACCCAGCCCUGAAGGAGGUCAGCGUGCAGCCUGCUCCGAGGGCCCUGGACCCUUUGGGGAGCCCUGAGGGCGCCAGCCGGAGCCCUGGAGCCAGCCUGUGCCUUCUGCCCCGGCAGGAUGACAUCCUGGCCAGAGCCUGCCCGGCCGGCCCCACCAGCGCGCUCUUCCUCUUGGCGGCCAUCCAGGGCUCUCGAUUCGUGCAGCUGGACCCCUCCCUGGGGCUGGUGGACUGGAUCAAGGCCUGCCUCCCCGAAUGGGGUGUGCGCUGGCUGCCAGGCUUCCAGGGGGCUGUGGCGGCCACCAUCUUCGCGGGGGGCCUCUGGAUGGCCCUGCUGCUGACCCUGCACGUCGUCCUGCGGCUCCUCCUGCGCUACCACGGCUGGCUGAGCGAGCCUCGAGGGAGCCUGUCCUUGCCCACGCGCUCCUGGCUGGCCCUGGUCAGGAUCUUCUCCGGCCGUCGCCCGACCCUCUACACGUACCAGCGCUCCCUGCCCUGCCUGCCCCUGCCCUCUACGGCAGGCACCGUGGCCAAGUACUUGGAAUCCGUGCGGCCGUUGCUGUCGGACGAGGACUUCAGGGCCCGGAGCGUCCAGGCGCACGCGUUCCUCCAAGCAGAGGCCCCCCGGCUGCAGGCUGUCCUGGGCCUCAAGGCCUGGUGCUCAGCCAACUAUGUGAGUGACUGGUGGCAGGAAUACGUGUACCUGAGCUCCCGAAGGCCCCUGCUGGGCAGCAGCAACUUCUACAUCCUGGACUUCCUCUCGGUGGCCCCCACUCCUCUGCAGGCGGCACGGGCCGGGAAUGCCGUCUACGCCAUGAUGAGGUUUCGGGAGCAGCUUAGCCGCGGGGAGAUGGAGCCUGCCACGCUGAUGGGGACCCGCCCGCUGUGCUCGGCCCAGUACCGGCAAAUGUUCAAUACCACUCGCGUCCCCGGUGUCUCCAGAGACCGGCUGUGCCACGUUGGGGAUGGCCAGAGUCGCCACGUGGCUGUUCUGCACCGGGGCCGCUUCUUCCGGCUGGGGACCCACCGGGGGCCCAGGGGCCGCCUGCUGAGCCCCCGCGUCCUGGAGCAGCAGUUCCAGCGCAUCCUGGAUGACCCUGCCCCGGCCAGGCCCCUGGAGGAGCACCUGGCCGCCCUGACGGCCGCUCCCAGGGCCCUGUGGGCUCAGGCUCGGGCCUCCCUACAGGCGGGGGAUGAGAGCACGAGGGCCAGCCUGCAGAUGGUGGAAGGGGCCGCCUUCUUCGUGUGCCUGGAGGAGACCCCGGGUCCCCCGGACGCAUCCCCCGAGGUGCUUCUGGACGAGCUGGCGCGGGCCCUGCUGCUGGGAAGCGGCCACAACAG